UGUUAUUUGAACCGCGCAGGCGCAACUUGAGCAAGAGCGUCUGAGGUCGAAUUGAGGAGAAUUUAAUUUUUCUUUCAAAUAAAAUAAAGAUGCCAAGUGAUUAUGAUAAAGACGCGUACCCAGAGCCUCCUCGACGUACGCCGGUGGUAGACAAACAGACGACUCUUCCCAACCCUGCGCUGAUUUUGACUAAAUUGUUCUACUACUCGGUGGACCUUCCUGUCUCCACAUUCAAAGGCUUUGUGGACAGCUUGCACGAGAAGAACAAGUACUACUACUACCACCGGCAGUACCGCCGCGUUCCCGAGCUGACCGAAUGCCAGUUUGGAGACUACCUUUGCUACUAUGAGGCGGAGAUGCAGUGGCGGAGAGACCACAAAGUGGACCAGGAGAUCGUGAAGGUGGUCCAGGAGCGUCUGCGUGCGUGCCAGCAGCGCGAGGGAAACAGCAACCAGCAGAACUGCGCCAAGGAGCUGCAGCAGUUCGCCCAAGUCACCAAGGCCUACCAGUCACGCUACGGUGACCUUGGGGCCUACGGAAGUGCGCGCAAAUGUCUGAUGAAACAGAAGCACAGGAUGAUCGAAAGCCAGAAACAAGCUGCCUGACAACCUGAAUCGUGUCUGGAUUCACAUCUGUUCUGUCCCCACGUGAAAUUGUAAAAUAAAAGGAUUUAUUGUGAAAUUAA